UUUUUCCUCAAGUCAGCAAGUGCCUAAAUUUCAAGUGUUUACUUUUAGUCUGUCCCCUAAAAAUUUGUCACUGCUUGAUAUUAUUCCCUUUUUAUCGUUGUCAGAUUGCAUAAAACUGAAAAUAGUUCUUCGUUGGGACUUCAUGGACUAAGAAUUCUAAUAUCCAUAUUGGAUAUUAGAAUUCGAAGGCCUAAUUUAAUUGGAAGAAAUGUCAUCCAAUUUUGAUAAUGAAGUUCUAAUCAACUCUCUUGAAUCAGGUUUUGAAACAAGACUUUUUGACAUUGUUGAUAGAGAUGGGGUAACCAAUAGUGGAAAUCGUGAUGCACCAGGUCAGAGUUGUGUGUACAUACUAUCUGGAAAUCACGAAAAUGAGGGAUACAGAAUUGCAACAUUUGCAAAAUAUCCAGAAAAUAUUCCAGUUUUACCAAUUCAUCUCGCUCGCGCAGGAUUCUAUUAUACAGGGUUUCGAGAUAGAGUGAAAUGUUUCAGUUGUGGCAUAACAGUCGAAAACUGGAUGAUUGGUGAUGACCCAUCUCUGGGAAGUUGGCAUAAGGCAGAUUGCACCAUGGCACGAGGAAAUAACAUACGGAAUGUUGCGUCUGAUUCUGUUUAUCCUAGUUUAAUGAGGCAAAUUUUGGGUCCAAGCAGUAAUUCUCAAAGAAAUAAUAGACACCAGGAACCAUCUCAAUCUGCUCAACCCUGUAGCUUGCAGGGAGCCGAAUCGACCUACAAUGAUGUUACAGAAAGACUUAAUCACGUUAGCCUCGGUAACCAAGUUGCUGAUGCAGUCAAUGUACAGUUUCAGUUUGCUGACAUCGUAGAUCAAGAACAUGGAAGAAUGUUAAGAACACUCAAUUUAUACAAAGAAGAAGAUAGAAGAAAAACUUAUCAAAAAUGGCCGACUUAUCCAGCGCCGUAUUUGUCAAGCACUCUGGCUAAAAAUGGUCUAUUUUAUCUCGGAAAUCUAGACAGAACGCAAUGUUAUUUUUGUGGUGGUGUGCUGAGGAAUUGGGCCGCUAAUGAUGACGUUCAACUUCAACACAGAUCACAUUUUGGCAAUUGCAAAAUGUUUACAAGCAACCAUACUGGAAACAUACCCUUGUCUGAACAAGAAAGACAAAACGCUGAUGCCGCAGAUCGUGUAAGAUUGCAACAAGUUCUCUUGGGAGAUGAUGAUCCAAUACAAGAACCCCCAGAUCUUCUAGCAGAAGAUCAAAGAAGAAUGGCAGCUUUAUACCCUUUGAAUGCUCCCAUUAAUCCGCACAUGCGAACAAUGCAAGCAAGACUCCAAAGCUUUGAUAAUUGGCCUGAAAGAACAAGGGCCACAAAAGAGCAGAUUGCAAAGGCUGGAUUCUUUUACUUGGGUCAGUCUGACAAAACCAAGUGUUUCUAUUGCAACGGUGGAUUACAGAAUUGGGAUCCCAAUGAUGAGCCAUGGACCGAGCAUGCGAAGUGGUUUCCUGGUUGCGCUUUCGUGAUCAGAGAGAAAGGCCAAGAGUUUGUACGGCGACAGUUUGAGCUUCAUCCUAAUUUGAAUCGGCCAACGAUUAGAAAUUCAGUUUCGUACGAUAUUCCUCCUGAUGUUCCACCAACCCAGACAAAUAUCAAUAUUGAAUCUUUACAAGAUAUGGGAUUCCCAACUGAAAGGAUUCAAAGACUAAUGAGAAGAAAAACUGAAAUAGACAGAAGGGGUUACACAGAUGUUCAAGAGCUGAUUGAAGAUCUGCUGGCAGCAGAUUUAUCAAGUCCUGUGGAACAAAAUACAUCAUCCAUGCAAGAAGCUGAAGAACAUCACAGCGCUGCCGUUCAAGGUGCACCAAUGAUUGCUGUUGCAGCAGGUGCAGUUGCAGGACACAAAAGGAACGGAGAUAAUUCGAGUAAUGAGGCAAAAAAGAUAAGAACUCAGUCACCUGUAUCUGCAUCAAGAGAAAUGGCUGAAAAUCUAAGAUUCAUGCAAGAAUCCGACAGAUGUCGAAAUUGUUUGAUGAAUCCAGCGGAUGUUGUAUCAAUACCAUGCGGACAUCUUGGAGCAUGCUCUGAUUGUGCAAGGAAUAUGAAGAGAUGUUUUAUUUGUAAAAUGAAAGUGCAAUCUCAAGUGAAAGUAUUCAGAGCCUGAAUAACUAUAUACUGGGUGGCCAAAAAAACAAAACAGAACACAUACAUUU